AAAUAUAUAGAAAAAAUGAGUGUGGGAUUGUUAGAUGGUGCCACUAUUCUUGGCUUUAUCGAAGACGAUGAAGCAUUCAGUAGUUCGGUUCAAGAUCGAUUUGCUUACUUGGAUACCAAUCAUGAUGGUAUCCUCUCCUAUUCGGAGAUGUUGAAAGAACUACAGUCUCUAAGAAUGAUUGAAACCCAUUUCGGGGUUGAUGUGAAACCCGACCCUAAAGAGCUCGCUCGUGUCUAUGAUUCCUCGUUCGUGCAGUUUGAUCGUGAUUCGAAUGGAACAGUGGAUUUUGAAGAAUUUAAGGCCGAGACAAAACUAAUGUUGCUUGCUAUGGCAGAUGAUCUUGGUUUCUUGCCUGUUCAAAUGAUUUUAGAUGAAGACAGCUUCCUAAAGAAAGCAGUUGAUAGGGAGGAUAUGAAGUUGCAGUCAGGUGUUUGAGAUUAGUAUCAUGCA